CGCGGGAGAGGCGGCACCGGCGACGCUCGAAUGUCUGCUCGUAGAGAGCGGCCGUCUCCUGGCGCCGGGCGGCGCGCAGACGUUCGGCCGCCGUGCGCGGCUCCGAGGCGUCCCUCCACAUAUCCGCUCCGCUCCUUCCGACCUACUCGCUGGCGUUGGCGCCCCUAACACACUCGCUCUCUGGGUGCCUAUCGGUAAAAAUAUGGGCCUUGGGUGCAAAGCAAGAGAUGGCGGGGAAGGAGAAGCGGGUGACUCAAGCCCCCCGUCUAUGCCCGGGCACAGACGCCAGCAGCGGGCAUGCGGCGCUCAGGCCGCCACGAACUCACAGAGGGGCACGGCAGAGCGGAGGGGCGGUGAAAGCCGUGACGCAUCCCCCACCCCGCGCCAGACGACCACAAGUCGCCAAUCCGAAGCAAAGCAAAAAAAGAACACAAUACUCUCAUGA